UCUUUCCCUCUGCUCUCAAUUGACAACUUACACCAUGAAAGGCACAACAACCUGGGCGCUGCUUCUACAACUUCUCUCACUUACAGUUGUGGCUUGGCCCCAACCUCGUCAUGAAAAGCCUCCAGUAUGCAUUAUCGGCGCCGGGCCAUCAGGCUUAGCUGCAGCGGGUAAGCUGGAAGAGAAAGGCAUCAAAGCCAUGAUAUUCGACAAACAAGAAGAAGUUGGCGGUAAAUGUCAGGCAUGGUAUGACGAGCAAGACAUCUUCCAUCCGCUUGGCGCCGCCUUCUUCUCGAACGCGACCUACACGGAAACCAUCAAGAUCCUCAACACGACCAAUGUUACGUCCGAGUCCUUCGCGCUGGCGGGCGCGCGUGAGAUGUUUCGUUACAACUACACAAACGGCGCAAUUGAAGCGAAUCCGGCGUUGAUACCGCAGUUCCUGGCAUCACUGUCUGCGGAGAUUCCGCGUUACGUGACGUUGUGGAAUCAAAGGUUUCGACCAUACAGCGUUCCUAAUUACAAGAACGGCACACCGGACGAGUUCACUGUCUCUGGCUCACAAUGGUUUCGACAGAAUAAUUUCACUGCUCUACCGAUCCUGCUUGUAAACCCAGUGGCGCUGUAUGGAUACGGCGACAUCAACAUUGUCCCGGCGCUCUACAUCUUGCAAUACUUCACUCCGGACAUUUUGACCGCGUUCAUCGGACUGCACGAGGUGUAUUACAUGGACUUCCACAAGAUGUUUGUGCAGUACUCUGAGUCACAGCUGUGCAACACACCCAUCAAGACCUCCGCAGAGGUUCGUUGUAUCGAUCGUUCCGGAAAGAAUCCAGUUAUCAAGUACACCGAGCCGUGCGACAACUUUUACAAAUGGCGCAAGCAGGAGUGCAGCUCGAUCAUCUUCGCAUUCCCACCAAACAUAGAGAACCUCGAAAGGGCCGGGCUGGACAUGACGGAAGAGGAGUACGAUGUGUUCGCGAACGUUUCGACGAUCCAGUAUUACUCUUCGGCGGUCGAGAUUGGGCUUCCUUUCGGCGUGUCCUACAUUGCGAACACCUCGUCACCGGCACGUCCUCCGCCAAACGACGGCGAACCCGUUGCUGUCUUGCGUCUAAACCAACAAUCGAAUGUUUCCGUGGCCUGGUCUUGGGGCCCAUACGAAUUCCAGACUGAAGAGGCCGCACGUCGCCUCCUCAUCGAGAGCAUGUCCGACAUUAACAAGGACCCUCGAAAUGCCACUGCACUGCCAGAACCUUUCACUGACAGUAACGUGAAGGCAUUUCGAAAGUGGGACUACUUCCCUCACUUUGAUUCUCAGCCUCUCAGGGACGGCGCGUACGAUAAAUUAAACCGCCUCCAAGGCCACAAGAAAAGCUACUGGGCGAGCGGGCUCAGUGGUAUGGAGAUUGUAGAACUGGCCGUUCGCGGCGGCCAGGAUGUUGUGGAGUCUUACUUCUAGAGACCUGCGCUAUACCGAAGCGGUAGCCUAGUACACAUUGUGCACAAGAGGAGGGAUCCACACUACAGGAAGUGGACUUGAUUUUGCUUUACGAUUUUC